AUGGAUUCCCACGCACCCCCCAGCGCCGCCACGGAUGCGGUGCUAGUCAAGUCAGUCGAGAUGCCAGAGAACGCGCAAAAGGUGGAAGAGCUCGAUUUCAACAAGUUUAAGGGCCGGCCCAUCACCGUCGACGACCUCUUCCAGGGCAUGAAGCACAUGGGCUUCCAGGCAUCGUCCAUGUGCGAGGCCUACGGGGGCCGAGUACCGCGGCGCGGUGCACUUCCCACUAACCGAGUUCAGCGAGCAUGGAAAGACCCCGAGUCGGGGGACAAGACGACCAUCUUCCUGGGCUACACCUCCAACAUGAUCUCGUCGGGUCUCCGGGGCGUGUUCCGGUACCUGGUUCAGCACAAGCAUGUCUCUGCCAUCGUAACCACGGCGGGCGGCAUCGAGGAGGACUUCAUCAAGUGCCUCGGCGACACGUACAUGUCGUCCUUCAGCGAGGCCGGCGCGGAGCUGCGCUCCAAGGGCCUUAACCGGAUCGGCAACCUCGUCGUGCCCAACUCCAACUACUGCGCAUUCGAGGACUGGGUGGUCCCCAUCCUCGACAAGAUGCUCGAAGAGCAGGAGGCCAGCCGGGGAACCGAGGACGAGCUCCACUGGACACCCUCCAAAAUCAUCCACCGCCUGGGCAAGGAGAUCAACGACGAGCGGUCCGUCUACUACUGGGCGUACAAAAACAACAUCCCAGUCUUCUGCCCGGCCCUGACGGACGGCAGCCUGGGCGACAUGCUGUACUUCCACACGUUCAAGACGUCGCCGCAGCAGCUGCGGGUGGACAUUGUCGAGGACAUCCGCAAGAUCAACACGAUCGCGGUGCGGGCCAAGCGCGCGGGCAUGAUCAUCCUGGGCGGCGGGGUGGUCAAGCACCACAUCGCCAACGCGUGCCUGAUGCGGAACGGGGCCGAGUCGGCCGUGUACAUCAACACGGCGCAGGAAUUUGAUGGGAGUGACGCAGGGGCCCGGCCGGACGAGGCCGUGUCGUGGGGGAAGAUCAAGGUUGGCGCGGAUGCGGUCAAGGUCUAUGUGGAGGCCACCACUUGCUUUCCGUUUAUUGUAGCCAAUACUUUCGCGAAGGACGAUCAAUAG